AUGCUGCUGAUCAUCGAAGCUCUUCUUCUCAUUUCAGCCGCUCUAGAACAGGGUCACAGAGCUGCUGCUGAAGGACUGAUCUAUCCAUUCAACAUGGCACUGAACUCAGUUGAUGACCAGUAUGAUGGAUGUACAGAAGACAUGGCUCACCUGGUGAUGACAGAAUACCUAGAGAAGGAACUCAACAACUCAGUUGCGUUUAAAACAGCUUGGGAAGAAGCUGAAAACAACACCUCGGCCGCCAAAGAAGACUUGACAGAGAACCAUUUAAUUGCUAUUUACGUGUACACUGAUAAAGAAGUAUACCGUGAGUUCAAUAACGCUGUCCGCAGAGAGAAAGACAAAUACAAAAACAUGACAUACCCAUGGUAUUCCCUUCAUUUUCUGUUAACUGAGGCGAUACAGCUUCUGAAGAAAACACAGCAAGGCUGUAAGUCGACUUAUCGUGGGACAGAUGUUGAGUUUGAUUCAGAUGUUCUGAACGCAGAGGUCCGUUUCGGCUCUUUUACAUCCUCGUCUCUCAAUCGUACAGUAGCUGAAGGUUUCGGAGAUGUGUUUUGUUUUGAAAUCUACACUUGUGAAGGUGCCGAGGUGGCAAGUUAUUCGAAGUUUCCUGACGAGGACGAGGUGCUGAUUCCUCCGUAUGAGACGUUUAAAGUCGCUGCUGUCAGGAACAGGACAGAUCAGAAGGAUCUCUGGUGCCAAACUGUGUUCACGCUGGAAAGCUCGGGGAAAAGCAGCGACCUGAACUGUAGGCUGUUCAACAGUGGAAACCACGUCACUGGUUUUAGUGUUUUACUAAUUUUAACAUUACUUUGCAAAAUUUUUACCUGCUGA